AGACGCAAGGAUUUGAUUUCCUUGCAAGUUCCCUGGGUUUUAUUGUUCUCAAGCUAUAAGGUUUUAUUUACACGUUCUGCAUGAAUCAGAAAAUGAGUUAUUUAUUCUUUUUAUUUUUGUCUGGUUGGAUAUAAUUUCUUGUUUUCCAAUGUAUUAGCUACUCAUUCUCAUGCCUACUCCACAUUUGUCAAGAGCAACAUCAGGACCAUCUUCUGGUUAUGCCGUAGGUGAUGAGAUUUGUGAUACUUCAUGUCCAAUUGAUUGGGAUACGAAUGUAGUAAAUUUUAUAUCAACUUGCUUACAUCCUGGUCUAGUUCGACGAACUUCAUCUAGUGCAACGUAUGGCUUUGAUAAGCCGAAUCAUUUUAGACGUCAGCAUCGCCGAAAUCUAUCUACAGCUACAACAGUUGGGUUCGGUCGUUAUCCUGAUAAUCAGAUUACAAGUGGUCGAGUUCCAUAUGCUAAUGUUUUCAAUCAUCCAAAUGAUUAUCAAGCCCCUCCACCAUAUUAUUCUAAACGUAUUUUAGGCCAUGCUCGCAAUAUCAGCGAUCCUACAUCUGGUUGGGAUUUCCGUAUUGUCACAAAACCUCUUAUUCUUGACCAGUUAACUGAAAGACCAUCUUAUAAUUGGGAUGGUUCUGUCGAACAAAAUCUAGUGGUGUCAGGUGAACAUAAGAUUCCAGAUACUUCAUUCAUUCCUGAAAAUAAACCCGAAGCUUAUCCUUGUCUAACACCUCCACGUUCAUCUAAUGAUAUUACAUUAGAAAAUUCGUUUAUAUGUGCGCGUGAUGCAGAAACUCAUGAGAUAACUACAACUGCAAAAGAUGAUGAUACUUCUUGUUUAUGCCCUUGUCUACAAACCUGUGCUAAUCCACGUGUUGUAUUAAUCGGAUUAUGUUUAACUAUGUUUAUGCAAACUAUGGUUGUAUCUGGUCUGAUGAGUAGUAUGUUUACUACAUUGGAAAGAAGAUUUAAUUUAACUAGUCGACAAAUCGGCUCUAUGAUUAGUUGUUAUGAAGUAGCCGGUGUCAUAACCACAGUGAUUGUUAGCUUUAUUAGCGGUCAGAAACAUAAUCGAUUACGUGUUAUUGGUUUGGCGACAUUGAUCCUGGCUCUUGGAUUUGGAUUAUUUGCAUUGCCGCACUUUUUAGCUGGUCCCUAUAGACCAAACUUACCAACUACUCCUGAUGGUAAUACUGCUACUAGUAUUAGUACUGAAGAUAUUCUCCAUUCCUCUCUGUCGUCUUUUCCUCUUAAUCAAGACUUAGAAAAUUCAAUUCAGUUGGAUGGACCACUAUGUAUCUAUCAGUCGCGCAAUACCUUUUCUAAGAAUGUUAUCUCCAAUUCGCUUAAUAAUCAAACUAGUGUCGAUGACACAAUUAUUCGUGCUGCUUCACUCACUGCUGCUGAUAAUUUUAAUAGUAAUGAUAUUAAUGAAUCAUCAAGCACAGGAUUUAUGGGAAGUAGUGACAUUGUUCAGUCUGUACUCUUUCCAACUUUUUGUUUUGCAAUGCUUCUAGCUGGGAUCGGUGCUAGUCCUUUGUAUGUCUUAGCUCCAACUUACUUAUGGGAUAACUUAACAGAUAGACAAUAUCCAAUAUAUGCAGCUUUAUUCUACAGCGCUGGUGGAUUAGGUCCUGCUUGUGGAUUUCUUGCUGGUGCUGGUUUCUUAAGUAUUUACAUUGAUUCACCAUUUAUGUUGCCUGAAACUGGCUUAGACCGUAAUAGUCCAUUAUGGCUUGGUGCUUGGUGGCUUGGUAUGCUUGUCUGCGCUGCAUUAACUUUCUUUGUGGCAUUACCUGUGAUAUGUUUUCCUAAACAACUUGCAGUUAUUAAAAAAAGUGAUAGCAAUACAAUUCCAAACGAUGAAGCCGAAGACUUGGAUAAAAUCUGUUCCCCUACAAUCCAAUCUAAUAAUCAUAAUAUUUCCAAUCUUAAUACAAAUAGCAAUAAAGUGAAUUUAUCUUACGUAAGGUCGUCUGAUAAUUUGCCUAAUAUAAAUAAACAAUUUGGAAAACCAUCACUAACCACAACCACAACAGCCGUUUCGACUACUGCUGUCGCAGGUGUUGAAACAUUAACAUCAAAUCAUUUGCUCAAUACACUAUCACCGAGUAGUCGCAAUGUUCAGUAUCCAAGUCUAGAAGAAUUUAAACAACAGCAGCGAUUGCCUGAAAUGAAGCGAAAUCAUGUUGAUUCACUUAAGACACCUCCUCAUUCUCCUACUACCAUUACUUCUAAUUCUCUUUAUGCACCGUCUCCAUCUAUCAGGGAUGCUGUAAUUAGUGGUGAUGGGACAAUUGUUUGCCCUUCAAAUCAACAUUUUCGUUCACAUUCAAAUAUUGGUGGUGGUCAUCUUGAUGGUAAUACUGUCGAAGUUGUUAAUAAUGGUAUAGCUGGUUGUGGAGAUCACUCUGACAAUUUGGGAAAAUUCAUGAAAACAUCCUUGAAUAAUUCAUUUUGUGAAAACCAAGCUAAUCUUAAAUCAAAAAUAAAAGCUUCAUAUCAUAUCGUACGUCGUGUACUAACUAAUCCUGUCUGGUUAGGUGUAACAUUGAGUACUGUUGUGGAACAAUCGAUUGUUGCUGCGUUUUUAGCAUUUGCUGCAAAAUACAUUCAAAUUUUAUUUCAUAUACCAGCUUAUUUGGCUAGUAUUCAUACUGGUGCUGUGAUAGUUCCAAGUUCAUUAUUAGGUGUUCUUUCUGGUGCUUUACUAAUGCGUCAUUUUCGACCUACAUUACAUCGUACCUUAUCUGGUUUAUGUAUUAUGAUUUCAUUGACUGUUAUAACGAGUAUCAGUCUAAUGUCAAUUGGUUGUCAAUCUAGUCGAGUAGCAGGUAUAACAGCUACAUAUAAUGGGGAAAAUUGGCCUUGGAAAAAUGGUCCAGGUUUUUUAAUACCAUCAAAUUUAACAGCACCAUGUAAUCAAUUUUGUUAUUCAUCUAAUAAUCGAAUAAAAAAUUUUGAUAAUCGUCAUUAUACACAUUACAUUGAAUCACAAUGUUCAGUAAAUCAUUAUAAUCCUGUGUGUUGGACCGCUACCUCUACUACUACUACUACUACUGCUACUGCUAUUAGUAGUAGUAUCAAAAAGAAGACAACAAAUAAUCAAAUAACUUGUACUAGUGGUGAUAAUAAUCUCGGUAGUACAAAUGACAAUGUUGAUAACUGUGAUAAGAAAUCAUUGACAUUUUUCAAUCCUUGUUUUGCUGGAUGCAGAACACGUGUUUUAGAAGCUGGAGUUGUAAAGAAAUAUUCUGAUUGUCAAUGUGUAACCCCAUCUACACUUAAUCCAUCUGGUUUGACCUCAUCAAUAUCAAUGUCAUUAUCAUCGUCGAUGAGAAUAAAUAAUGAAUUUUUAUUAGCAAAUAAUUCUGGUGAAGUUUAUCCUGGUCGAUGUAAACCCAAGUGUACUUUGUAUGGUUUAUUUUUAGCUAUGUUAUUCUUACAUAUUCUUUGUACUGGUAUCUUACAAAAUCCAAGUAAUGUAAUCACAUUGAGUUGUGUCUCAUCAGAAGAUAGUUCCGUUGCACUUGGAUUACAGAUAUUCUUUGUCAGAACAUUAGCAUAUAUUCCGGCACCGAUGUAUUUCGGCCAACUAUUCGAUUUAGCUUGUCAAUAUCGUUCAAAUCCUAUAGAUCGCUAUUCAUCCAGUCCAAUAAAUAAUAAUGAAUCGUUAUUAAUGAAUACAAAUGUAUUAUCCUCGUUAUCAAAUUCAUCCAUAUUAUCAUCGUCUUCGUCUUUUUCACCAUCAUCAUCUCCACUGUCAUCAAUCUACUCGUCGUCUUCUACAACCACUGCUACUACAAUGUCUUUAGAUCAAAAGUAUUCUACAACAGCUGGUGGAUGUUUAGAGUAUAAUUUAGAAGGCUUACCAUUUAUUUGGCUUGGUACCGUGUGUGUAUUGAAAAUAAUUAGUUUGAUUGGAUCGACAGUUACUUGGUGGUUAGCCAAGUAAGCAUUGUUUUUGUUUUUUUCUAAGUAGAUUGCUUGUUCGGGCAGGUAUUGGUCGACGUGUGAUUGGGCCAUAGUGACAGGAGUGUAGUUGUAUGAUUCCCCUCUCUCUUCCUAGUUCGAUUAUCGAUUAGUUCGCAUAUGUUGUUAGUGGGACCGGUAAUCUUUUAUUUACUGAUUGACGCAUCGAUCAAUGAGCAAUAGCCAAGAUAUUAACGAUUAUUUAUCUUCGAGCACUUUCUAACCCAGUAGCCAAUCGGAAGACGAAGGUAGAGAUAGCAGAUCAGUUGUCUUGUACUCCGUUCAAUCAUGACCCAAAGCUCAAACAAUAAUAUACUUGACAUAUUUCUAUCACGCGGCAACACAAUUAGUGUACAUAACUUAGUCACAUGUGACACGGAAUCGAAGUAAUAGGGGAAUAAUUAAUCAAUGAUAAACCUAGAGUAAUGGAACGUAUGACAGCGAUUUAUGGAAUGAACGUAAGAUUAAAAAUUCCAGACAUCGUAUAUUUGGAUUUAGGCGUUCAGGUCUCCCAUCACGUUGAACAGGUCCUUUCCUGACAAUUUCUCUACUGCAAUCUCUCAUCAAACUGGUGUUUAUCGUCUUUGUUCUCGUCAUUGGUAGGCGCAUAGUACUGGAUAAUUCUCUCUUUUAGUCUUAAGAAUGCUCUGGUGAUUCUAGGUUCGUGAGAUUUCCAUCCCAUAAGUGCUUUUCGUGCUUCUUUGGACAGCAUCAUAUUAUUGCACAAAAUCAUGGAUCGAUUGAAGUCAGACAUGUUUAGAGUUCACACGCGAGACUGAAGGUCCUGCGUGCGAGAUACAAUUCACAUUUCCCUUUCAAUCACUAUUUGAUUAUCUUAGUGUUAACAUUGAUAUAGACUUCAAUAUCAUAGACAGUUUAACUCACAUGAGGCUUAUGUCAAACAGGGUUUCAUAUUAAUCACCUUGAGUUAUCACUUAGAACAAAACUACAAUACAUAUCUUAAGAGAAACCAUCUAAACUAAUAAUAUACGAUGGAACUUGAUCGGAACUAGACAAAAGAGAUGACAAUUAAUUAGUGUAACUUCUAAAACUGUUCGUUUUAUUCUGUUGUUAUAAUGUUUUCAUUUCGAUCUAUUGAAACAAUGUCGUGAUCAUUGUCAUUAUCACUUUAAUGUAUAAUUUAGUUGUUCUCUCUUUAUACAAUACACAUACUCAUUUCUCUUUGUUUCGCUUAUUUCAAAGACGUCAAUUCGAUUUGGUGGCAAAACACAAAGAAAAACAACAAACUAUCGAAGAUGAGGGAACAAAGAAAGAAAUGGAACUUGCAUUACAUCAGACAAUUACCUCUGAUCCAACUAUCAUCAAUAAUAAUAACAAUAAUAAUGCAUUUGAAUUAAUCGAUUCAACGUCAAAUGGUCAUCAAAUACAAAUUGUAUAGUCAAAUAAUAAUCACCAUCGUUAUCAAGGUCCAGUAUGAUCUCACGUGUAUGUGUCUUUGUAUGUUCUUUUGUUUGUUUAAAAAGGAAAUUUUACUCAACCUUUUACUUGCUUGUGGUUUGUCUCUUUUUUGGGUUUCAUUUACUUCACUUUUCUCUCUAAUUAUGUCAUGGUAUAUGAAUGUAGUGGGAUUUCUUAAGUGAAUUAAUAAGGAUGUUCACUAACUUUGAAGAAGAAAAAAAACAUACAAACUUUUUCUUUCCAUGUACAUAAUUCACUCGUAAAACUUCUUGGAUUUCCUCUCUCUCUCUCUCGUAAAACAGUAGUUGCUCACUUGUUAUUUUUAAUACACUGAACUUUUAUUCACUAAGUCACUGAUUUAACACACUUUCACACUACUUAAUUUCAUCUAAACAACCGAGUAGUAGUGGUGUUAUUAAUCUUUUUUUUCCUAGUUACCUUUUGACUUGUUAUAAUCUCAUGUAAAGUAUAUUAUAAAUGAAAUUGAAACUUUGAAUGUUCAUAUUAUAGAAUAAGCAAUACAACAAUGAUUAUGUUCAUUAUCAUCUAUACUAUCUCUUGUGUUAUCUAGAUUUGAUUCAUUAAAAAAAAAAGAAAGUAUUAUCAUGUGUUAUUGUAUAAUAGUUCCUCAAUUACUUUUCCUCAUUAUUUUCUUUGUCUUCGCUACAAUCAUCAUUGUAAAUUAUGAUUGUUAAGAUGAGGUAGGUGGGUGGUUUGUUUGUUGGUUAUCUUAUUGACCUAGUUUUUGUCACUUUAAAUGUUGUCAUUACUGCAUUUUUUUUUCUUUUUCAUUUAAUGUUCACUAUGUAGUUCUACAAAGUGAAUUGAAUUAUGUUGUGUAGUUUCUUUUCAUUUAAAUGUACUACAUGUUGUUAUAACCUGUUAAAGUGUAUACAUGUGUGUUCAUUGAAAUUUCUAUAUAAUUAUUUCUAAUAGCCGGUGAUAAUAAUUGUUGUCUACAAUAUUAGGCAUAUAUUUCCUUCUUGUAUUAUGUGUGUUUUCUCAUAUUUCUAUAUGGAUUUCUUCUUGUAUAGUCUCUCUCUCUCUCUCUCUAUCAAUCAUUCAAUGAAUCUGUAUGCUUAUAUGCGAAGCAAAAACAUAUGUUCUUUCUUAACAAUAAUAAUGAUGAUUAUAGAU